AUGACCGACUCAGCGAUCCCUCACGGAGGGGGAGGGUGGCGGACAGGCUGGCGGCGCUGGGGCCGCAGGGCAGGCCUGGCAUUUCAUGGUUUGUUUCUCCUCCAGCUCCACUUCCUCAGGACGUUGCCCUUCCAGCGCAGAGCCAGACAGAGGAGGAUCAGAAGAGCUGUCGUAAAUCCUCCCAUUGUUAAAGCCAUGUCUGAGAGCUCGGUGACCUUCGGGGACGUGGCUGUGGACUUCUCCCGGGAGGAGUGGGAGUGGCUGAGCCCCGCGCAGAGGGGCCUGUACCGCAGGGUGAUGCUGGAGAACUACCGCAACCUGGCGUCUCUGGGAGUUUCCGUUUUUAAACCAGACGUGAUCUCGUUGCUGGAACAGGGGAAGGAGCCCUGGGUAGUGAAGCAGGAGGGGACAGGAGGUGCCUGCCUCGAUUGGGAGCGCGUAUUCAAACGCAGCGAACAUCCAUCAAGGCAAGGUAUUUACGAAGAGUCACCUAAAGCGGUGACAGUGGGAAGAAGCCACCUUACUUAUAUCCCUGACCGCCCCACCUUGAGCGAACACUGCGGAAGUGAGGACUGGUAUAAGAACCUGCUAGGAGGUCAGGGGGUACAUUCUCGUCAGUUGUUCAUUACUCACAAAGAAAUCCUCGCUGAAGAGCAAAGGGAUGAGUAUACUAAAUCUUGGCAAACUUUCCACCAGGACGCACUCUUUGAUAUCACACAGAGUUUCCCCACCAAAGAAAGAGCACGGAAGUGUGAGCCACAGAAGAGAAGUUACCGGAAAAAAUCGGCUGAAAUGAAACGCAAUAAAGUCUACGUAGAAAAGAAACUUCUGAAGUGUAACGACUGUGAGAAAGUCUUCCACCAGAGCUCCUCGCUCACUCUCCACCAGAGGAUUCACACCGGGGAGAAGCCCUAUGCCUGCGUGGAGUGUGGGAAGACCUUCAGCCAGAGCGCCAACCUGGCGCAACACAAGAGAAUCCACACCGGGGAGAAGCCCUACGAGUGUGAGGAGUGCAGGAAGGCCUUCAGUCAGAACGCACACCUGGCGCAGCACCGGAGAGUGCACACUGGGGAGAAGCCCUACCAGUGCACGGAGUGUAAAAAAGCCUUCAGCCAGAUUGCACACCUGACUCAGCACCAGAGAGUCCAUACUGGGGAGAGACCUUUUGAAUGUAUCGAAUGCGGGAAGGCCUUCAGUAACGGCUCCUUUCUCGCGCAGCACCAGAGAAUUCACACAGGAGAGAAGCCUUACGUCUGUAACAUGUGUGGGAAAGCCUUCAGCCAUCGCGGAUACCUGAUCGUGCAUCAGAGAAUCCACACAGGAGAGAGGCCCUACGAGUGCAAGGAGUGCAGGAAGGCCUUCAGCCAGUAUGCACACCUCGCCCAGCACCAGCGAGUGCACACGGGGGAGAAGCCCUAUGAAUGUAAAGUAUGCAGGAAGGCCUUCAGCCAGAUCGCCUACCUUGACCAACACCAGAGAGUCCACACCGGCGAGAAGCCCUAUGAAUGUAUCGACUGCGGGAAGGCCUUCAGCAACAGUUCGUCGCUCGCACAACAUCAGAGAAGUCAUACUGGGGAGAAACCUUACAUGUGUAAGGAGUGUCGGAAAACCUUCAGCCAGAAUGCAGGCCUUGCUCAGCAUCAGAGAAUCCACACUGGGGAGAAACCUUAUGAAUGUAAUGUUUGUGGAAAGGCCUUCAGCUACAGCGGGUCUCUCACGCUCCAUCAAAGGAUUCAUACUGGCGAGAGACCCUAUGAAUGUAAGGACUGCAGGAAAUCUUUCCGGCAGCGCGCACACCUGGCUCAUCAUGAGAGAAUCCACACCAUGGAGUCCUUCCUGCCUCUCUCUUCGCCCUCACCCUCCCUGCCCAGCCAGUUGCCAAGACCUGUGGGUUUUAUCUCCUAACUGCCUGGGCUACUUGAAUCCGCUUCCACGCCGUGCUCUCUGUCCGGUGCACAGUAACACUUGACCGGGACUAUGGAAAUAGCUUUGCAGUUGGUUUCUGUAUUUCCUCUGUCAUUUGUCCACAUUGCAACCAAACUUGUAUUUAAAAACAGUUGGAUUAUGUCAUUUACCCCUUAUUAUAACCCUUCAUCACAUCUCAAGCUCCUAGUUUAAAGCACACAUUCCUCAAAAUACCUAAAAGACCCCCUCCCACCUACCCCCACUCCCCAAAGCCUUGUUCCAGCCUGCUACCCAAAGCCCUGUCUCGGGGCCGCAGCCGCGUCAUUCUUUGUAUAUUUAAGAACUCAUAUUCCAGCAUCAAAUGGGGUUGGGUUCUUGCUCUGUUGUGUUUUUUUUUUUAUUCCCUCUAAUUUUAGGGAACUCUUUUGCCCGUGUUAGCGUCCGUGUUAGCGUUUUCUUACGGCUAUAAUAAUGGUACUACCUCAGAAGUUAGUGGGGGGCAUAGGGGAGAUGAUGCACGGAAGCUGCUCAGCGGAGUGUCUAGCAGAACCCCGUGACUUAAUAAACAUUCACGUAAAAUAAGGAGACACUGGUAUACAAAGAAAAGUGAUCAGAGGGUGAACAAAAGUGGCAUCAGUUUAAGACUUGAGAGACUGAAGGGUUUUGAACAAGAGCAGCCAUGGUACAGCAGUGACGAGGGUGUCUGUAUAACCCAGAAGGCCCAGUGUAGACUCCACCAUGAUGCAGAGCAAGAUGGCAGCUCCCGUGUCCGCAUGAACACAAACAUAGCUGAUGCUGAGAAUCAUUCAACGGUUCCAAGAAGCCUGAUUUUAAAAAUCACUCAUAAGUAGAAUUUACUGAGGUGCAUUCAUUUACAUUUGAACAAGGGCAAACUUGAUAUUUAUAAAAACUGGAAAGACCGGUAGCCGUACCAAAGAAUGACAGAAGAUGAAUCUGACUCCCUCUCCUCAUUUCAAGUGAGCGGUAUGAAACCUGUUAGUUCUCACAGAUAAAGUUGUUACGUGUCUAAACUGUAAUUACAAAACCAGAGGAAAGGCAAUCAGAACUCCUGGCCAGUGCUCACGGUUUGGCUGCCCCAGACAUCUGACUUAGCAAGCAUGGAGUUUAAAUAGCUCUGGGACAUGUGUUUCUCGCUGCCCACUGUUCACCCCCAUUCCUGUGCAUCCGGCUUGCUUACACUUGCUGCGACUUCCUGGCUGCUGCCGGCUUUGAGGGUGAGUGACCAGCUCCCGGGAGUAUAGGUACAGAGAAGGGGAAUGUUCAGUAGAGGAUGAAAAGGAAAACUUGACUAGUCAUUUUUAUCCUGUGGGGAAGACAAUUAUGUAGAUGAUAAUAGACCCCAAAUUAAUCUGUAGAGUAUCUGUACCUUAAGAAAUCCUGAGGAUUUUAAGGCUGAAAACUGUGUGAAUGUGGACAUAUCCCCAUGUACAGUCCUGCAGAUGUGCACAUAAAAUAUCUAAUAAAGGUGAUUGAUAAAGUUGAUUUUUCGCUACGAAAACAAUCUCUUCAUUCAAAUGUGAAACAAUUGGAGAAAUAAUCAGAGGACCAUGCUAACAAAUUCUUGAUUUGACCACGUAAAAGGUUUAAAUUUUAUAGUCAAAGGUAGUGUAUCACAAGAUUUAAAAUCAGAAUCCGAGGAAAUUAGCACAACACAGAAAACCUGUGAAAUGUAUGUCCUCAAUGUGAAAGUGCUCUUACAAAUUAGAGAACGACCUUCCUCUCCCCAUGGGCCGAGGGUGUGUACGAGACAGUAGGUGACUGAUGAACGUCGGUGGUCAUGACUGAAUCUCAGUGAGACUAGAAGAAAUACAAGCUGGGCCUCCCUGGUGGCGCAAGGGGUUAAGAAGCAACCUAUGAAUGGGCCU